AGACCACUUUCAUGGCCACUGGGCGCACGGCAAACUCAAUGCCCAGACCAGCGCUGCCCUGCUGGAUUUGCUUGUGGAGAACGGUGUCUACAAAGAGAAGCAAGUGCCGGCCAUAGUCAGGUGCAUCCACCAGUGGCUCACAUGCAAUGUGUCUGCUGAGCACAGGCUGGACAAGACUCUUGUCCUGCUGACACAGGCACACCCUGUGGAUGUUGCAGUGACCCUGCUGCGCUCUGCCCCAGCCUGUGACAGAGCUGCUCGCACCAUGUGGAGGACGCUCAUCUCCUCCAGAGGGACUAAGGAGCUGGUGCUGCAGAUCCUCUUCCGUGCUCUGGAAUUCUGGCCAGCGCACAGGACACGCACCUCUGAUGGGGAUGAGAGCGAUGUCUUUGCCCUGGCUGCAACUGUGGCACUCUGGGAGAUCCUCCAGCUGCCCUGGUGCCCAGGGGCAGUGAAGACCAAUUUGCCCCGCCUCCUUCUGACUCUGCUCUUCCAAGUUUUCAUCAGCACAGAGGAGAUGUCAGAGGAGGUCGAGACCUUCUGGGGGCGAUGCCGGGAGCAGCGCAGCCUUCCCCCCAACCCCAACAGGUUUGCAGUGCAGACCGUCAAAGCCCUGCUGCGCCAGCUGCUGGAUGAGGACGUGGUGAUGGUGAUCCAUCGCAAGUGUGGCUGGGACAUGCUCCUCAAGGCUGACACCCACCACUAUGCAGUGGGUCUGCUGGCCAGGUGA